AUGUCAGGAAUAGGACAACAGCAUGCACCGACAAAUAAGUUUGCUGAAUUCAAGAAAUUGGCUACACCAUACUUUGAUGGUAGCAGCGAUCCGCUAAAAGCUGACAAGUGGAUAAAAGAGUUGGAGAAGUUCUUCGAUGUACUCAAAUGUGACGAUGCGGAAAACGUACGAUUUACAAUAUUUCAGUUACAAGGAAAUGCAAGCGACUGGUGGGAGUUGGAGAAGCAAACUUACAAGAGCGAUACAAGUACACUCUCAUGGGAUACAUUUAAGAAAGCUUUUUACAACACCUACUUUCCCAAGAGCUUGAGGCAAGAGAAAGAGAUAGAAUUCAUAAAUCUGAAACAGGGAAAUAUGACUGUUACUGAAUAUCAAGCUUGGUUUGUGGAAUUAGCAAAGUUUGCUCAAUCAUGGAUGGGAAGUGAGACUACGAAGACGAGAAAGUUUGAAAUGGGGUUGAGUCCCCACAUUAGCCAAGUUGUGGUUCCUUUUGAACUUAACACUUUCAUUGAGGUGGUUGAUAAGGCACGAUUGAUUGAAAGGGAGUUGGGUAUUACGAGAAGGAUUGAUGAGGCGAUCUCGAAGAAAAGAAAUCAUCAAAGUGCCAAUGAAGGAAAUCGAAACUCAUUCCGGAAUAGAAGGCCCUUUUCUGCGAGCAGUCCGGCUUAA